AUGGGAAGGUUUACACAAAGAAAUAGACAUAAUCAUUCGGCUGAAGAUGCCUUGGUCAAACUCACAAGAACUAUUAAUGAUUCAUUAGAUAGUGGAGAAAAAGUAUUGUCCGUUUUUGUCGAUUUGGUCAAGGCAUUCGACACGGUGGAUCAUGGAAAAUUAAUAGAAAUCCUUGAGAAUUCUGCUGAUCCCAACUUUCACCUCUCUAAACCCGUAGAUAUACAUUUGGGUGCAGAUAUUUAUGGUUUCUUGAUAACAGGAAACAAACUCCUCUCAGAUCCAGAUCAACCCGUCGCUUUAGAAACUAUAUUUGGAUGGAUAAUUACAGGAAGAGUUAAAACAUCUAGUGUUUCGCUCUCUGUAAACUCAUACUUUCUUACCUCUUAUGCUUCCUUGGAUCAAUCACUUCAAAGAUUCUGGGAGUUAGAGGACGUUCCACAAUCCUCGACGCUUUCUUCAGAUGAAAAGCUUGCCGAAGAACACUUUUGUAAAACAUUUUCACGCACUCUUUCUGGACGUUAUAAAGUAUCUUUACCAUUUAAAACUUUGGAACCGAUCUUUGAAGGUUCUAGAGAUGUCGCCCUUCGUAGAUUUUUCUCGCUCGAAAAACGAUUGCUUCGAAACCCCCAAUUGUAUUCUCAAUAUUCUAAUUACAUGCGUGAAUAUUUAGAUUCUCAAUAUAUGAUUGCCGUGCAAAAUCCUUCUCCCAACGCUCAUUCUUAUUAUCUGCCUCAUCAUUGCGUAAUCCGACCAGAUAGUCUCACGACCAAACUUAGAGUUGUCUUUGAUGCUUCCGCUCGAGAUUACACAAAUAAAUCUUUGAAUGACACUCUCUUAACUGGGCCAAAAUUACAGUCAGAUAUUUUAUCUAUUUUACUUCGAUUUAGAUCUCAUUUGAUUGUAUUUGCUAGCGAUAUUAACAAAUGUUUAGUCAAAUUCUUGUUAAUGAAAAUCAUACUUAAUACCUAA